AUGCCUAAAGACUAUCUGCAGAGUUGUAGACAUGAAGGUUGGAGCAGUGUUGCCAAAUUUCUAACCGAAGAUGUCCCUCAACUUCUAAAGUCAGAGGAUCUAAAAGACAUUCAGGAAGUACUCUCUCAUGCUUUUAAAUCUCCUCCCAGUGAAUUGAGAGGGUUAAUAACAUGGAUUGCUGAAGUUUGCAGACAAGAAGAUGGGAAUCUCACACUGAGUGAGGAUGAGAAAGGAAGGCUAGCUAUCAAGGCUGACAUACUGGAACAGAUUCAAACAACUGGACUCUUCAAACACGUGACAAGGUGGUUGAAUUCUAAAAUUUCAUGUUGUAAUUCUUUAGCAAACCUUGGUGACAAAGAUAUGUUACCAGCACUUACUGCCAGUGUUUGUUGCCAAGCAGCAGAUCUUUUGACUGUUUGUGGUAGGCUAGGUUUGUCAGGUGGAAAAUACUGUAGUCAAAUAGAUGUAAAACAUCUGAAUGCUGAUAGUGAAAAUCCAGUAACAUUAGUUUCAGGAACUGUUACAACUAGUGGUGGUAGUGAACAAGGAGUUGAUGUGUUGGUCCCUUUGUGUCAAAGGGAACCAAGUAGGUUGUGUCUUUCUAAUGAAGGUCACUGCAUUGGUAUGCACCCGUCUACUGCAGACGUCUUAACGGUGCUUUUAUUGGCCUUGCCCUUGCAUACGUGGUCUGGCAUUAAAGAAGAAAAGUUGCGUGUGGAAGCUUUGAGCCUUCUAGCAACAGAAGAUCUCCCUCCCCUACUUCAGGAAGAGCGACAUGUUCUUGUCGAUGGCAAAGUUAGGACUGACAAGACUUACCCUGCUGGUUUCAUGGUUCAAGCUCUGCAAGGUUAG